UCCCCACGAUCAACAAGUUAUCCUUGCCUACUCUUCGCCAAAUCAUUCAGUUCUUCCGCAACGCUCGUGGCAUCAACAUUGUCACCGGUGUCCUCGUAAUAUUCUAUUGUAUUUCCUCGGUAACCGAUUUUCAUUAUCGGUAUACAGUUUACGUUGGUUAUAAUUAGUUCAUGAGUUAAACUAAACUAAACGUGACUAAAUUUGCUGGCAUAUAUAUUGAAGAUUAUAAAUUUUUUCGAAACUAUUAAUAGUUUGAAUCAAUCGGGAAAAAUGGACGAAGUGGAGGUUUAUAUUACUUGCCCAUACAACAAAUGUCAUCGUAUUAGAAAAUCAAGAUUUCAAAUUCAUAUAACAAAAUGUGCCAGAAAUUACCCGAAAGGUUACAAGGUUUACUGUAAAUACGAUAGAACACACUUAUUAGACCCAGAAGAGUAUGAGCACCAUUUGUUAAUAUGUCCAUCAAGCGGAGAUGCAAAAAGCAAGGAAAUCACGUUAGAACCAAAAGAAGAUGUUCCGAGAACUCCAGUAGAAAAUGUACCUAGCACGAGAGCUUCUACAACAGCUGAGGACUGGAGUGGAAAUAAUGAAACAUAUAAUCCGCUAGCUGCGACAGAAAAUAGAGGUGUAAUUAGAGGGGCGAUUGCUAUGUCAAAAUCAAGGAAGAAAGAAUUUAAACAGCAUGAAAGAGAAAGAAUGUGUUUUAUUCAAAACACUAGCAGCAACGAUAACAGCAACAGUAGGAACGACACGAGUACUGCAAGAAAGAAAUUAGACAUUGAACAACCAUUGCAGCCACCUAAACAACUUUCUAAAGCAAUGUUAUGUGAUGAAAAUUUUGCUACUAAUCUCAUUUCUAAGUUAAGCAAAUUGAGAAUAGAGGAAAGCAAUGGGAAUAAGGGAACAAAGAGUAAUUCAUCGACAGUAGAAGAUGUUUUCAAUAUAAGUAAUAAUAGCGAUAAGAUAGCAGAUUCUGAAAAAGAUCGCUCGGAGAAUAAUCCUAUCGAUACAAGCAUUGAUAUAGGUAUCACUUCAACUAUAAAUAACAGUUUUAGUCGAAAAGAAAAAGAAAAUAUUCUUAGUGAAGAAAACAAUGCUGAUGCAUUAUUUAAAAAUACUUUUGAGGUCAAUAAAGAUGUUUCGGAUAUAGAAAGUGAUUGUAAAAUGAAUGUAAUCUCUCAAGGAAAUAAUUCUGAAACACAAGGAAACGAUAAAAAUGAUACUAUUAAAAAAAAUAAUUCUCAAUCAAAGUUAAGCAAACAAGGUAACUGUAACUCUCAGAAUAUUCUUUCGUGCAAUACAAAAAGAGCAGCAAAACUCUAUGGGGAAGCAAAAAAAAUUAGUACUGGGAGAGGAUUCACUAGAAUUUAUCAGCAUUUGAACUUUAAUAUGAAAAUGGGAGAAGAAAUAGUAGGAGGAAAAAUGACACAAGAUAUGGUUUCUAACUACGGUUAUGACAAAGAAUAGAAAAUACUUUAAUAAGGUGUUUAAUUUCGUUAUUUCUAUUAUUUCGUUCUUAACAUGUUACCUUACGAAAUUCUUUUCCUUUUUAAGAUAUUACUAUACCAAGCAAUUCCUUUUCUUUCUUAAAAUGUUUGAAUAUGUACUUAUAUUGAAAUUACUUAGAAACAAAUGAUUUUUAAUAAUUAACGAUGAAGCUAUAUCUAUAGUUUCCAUAAAGUCCCUUUUUCUUUUGUAAUCGUAAAAUGUCGGUAUUUCAUUUUCCUCUCUUCUUCUUUUCUAUUACAUUCUUUUUAAAACUUAAUAAAACUUUCGAAAGCAAUGAUUAUUUAAAUGAUUACGAAUAUCGAUAGGAAAAUGACAGUGUUAUGCAAAUUAUAUAUGUACAAACAAUGUAUUUUUAUAAUACAAUUGGUAAUUCGACUUUUAAUAGUGACAAAAUAUUAUUCGCUAGAGAAGUACUGAUGAUAAUUGAGUUUAUAUAUUUUUAAAAAUUAAAUAUAUUUUUACGCAACAACAA